UCCUCUUCCGAAAUGCCGGUCGCCUUUGAUCUCUUCUGCUACUGCAGCAAUCUCCGAAAUGCCGGUCCACUCGAUCUCGAUUAGCUAUUUUUCUCUUGAAAUGACCAAGAAAAAUCAAAAGCGAACACCAUUUGGGUGCCGAAGCAUGUCAUUGUAUCUUCUCUUCUUGCCACGUUUUGCAGUGUUGUGGUCUGUGCGUUGCGGUGUUUGCCCGCUUGACGGUAUCUGACGCGUGGUGUUGUUUCGAUUUAAAUACUGUGCCUGUUAGUUUGACCGCGAGAUGUCGAAGUCUGGGGCGUUGGAUCUUGCUUCGGGCGUGGGAGGGAAGAUCAAGAAGGAAGACGUGCAAUCCGCUGUCGAUCAGUACGAAAAAUAUCAUGUCUGUUAUGGAGGGGAUGAAGAGACAAGGAAAGCAAACUACAGUGAUAUGGUAAAUAAGUACUAUGAUCUUGCCACCAGCUUCUAUGAAUUUGGCUGGGGAGAGUCAUUUCACUUUGCUCCCAGAUGGAAAGGGGAGUCGCUGCGUGAAAGCAUUAAGCGGCAUGAACACUUCCUUGCCUUGCAAAUGGGGUUGAAACCUGGGAUGAAGGUGUUGGAUGUAGGUUGUGGAAUCGGUGGGCCUCUACGAGAGAUUGCUAGAUUUAGCUCAACAUCCAUUACAGGAUUAAACAACAAUGAGUACCAGAUAUCAAGGGGAACAGAACUCAACCGCAUAGCAGGAGUGAGUGAGUCCUGCGACUUUGUUAAGGCCGACUUCAUGAAAAUGCCAUUUUCUGACAACACAUUUGACGGUAUAUAUGCGAUAGAAGCAACUUGUCAUGCACCAGAUGCCGUUGGCUGCUAUAAGGAGAUCUACAGGGUGUUGAAGCCUGGUCAGUGUUUUGCGGCAUACGAGUGGUGCAUGACCGAUCAUUUCGAUCCAAACAACGAAAGUCACAAUAAGACCAAGGCCGAAAUUGAGCUUGGCAAUGGACUUCCAGAUAUAAGAACCACGAGAGAAUGCCUUGACGCCCUGAAGCUUGCAGGAUUUGAGGUCGUAUGGGAGAAGGAUCUUGCUGUUGAUUCUCCUGUAUCUUGGUAUUUGCCACUGGAUACGAGCAAGUUCUCGAUAACUAGCUUCCGUUUGACAGCUUUUGGGCGAUUCGUUACGAGAACUAUGGUCAAGACAUUGGAAUUUGUGGGUAUUGCUCCGGCCGGAAGCAACAGGGUAUCAUCAUUCCUAGAAAAGGCAGCCGAGGGACUCGUGGAGGGAGGAAGGAAGGAGAUCUUCACACCAAUGUAUUUCUUUUUGGUCAGAAAGCCUCUUGCAGAUUCUUGAGGAAGACCGAAGUGUGUAUUUGCUAGCUGCUCUCCUUGUGUGGAUGGUUAAAUAUAUUUUCUUUGUAACCAGUCUAUUUAUCGCCCGAACAUGGCAGGGUCACCAUUCUUGGUAUUAUUUAUAAUUUCUUGUUCAAUAUUUCCAGAUUGUGUUCUCCAAUAUUUAUCCUGUAUUGAUGGGAAUUUGGUGCUAUGUAUUUUCUCAAAGCUAAGAUUUCCUUA